GUAUGUUUGUCAGGUGGCAGUAUUGCCUCAAGAAUUCAUAACGGUUAGAAACCGUGCAGUUUUAGUGUUGAAGUGUAUUCUUGGACAGUGGUAGUGAAACUAUGCAGUUUUAGUUUUUCAGCAAAUACCAACAAGAGUGGUGUUUCAUUAAUCUAAACCACGCAUUUCUACUUUGGAAUGGCAUCAGGUGUGAUAAGUGGCCCUAAUGCAAAUGGUCUAACAGUUACAGGUGAUACAAGGCAUAAUAUUAAUACCAAUAGUAAUAGUGCUAAUCAAUUACGUGACUGUGUUUGUUUAAUUUUACGAUGGUUAAUUGAAGACAAAUUUGCACUUAUUCAGGAUGAAGGUGGGCGAGGCUAUUGGUUUCCUUACAAAAUUAUCUUGACCAACCAAAGUUGGUAUGAAGGUGUAUCAGAAGUUAAAGAACAGUUUAUGAACUUUGAAAUAUCUUGGAAAUUGGUCCACAUGAUUCGUCAAAAAAUAAAACCUAUCAGUUGUUACAACACUCUAGCCAUCUUUUAUGCAGAAGUGGACUUCAGUCUUUUGAAAUUAAACUUGGAAGUGGAGAACACAAAACUGAAAUGGUGUUCACUGACUGACAUGGAGAAGCUUUUACAUGAAGAGCCAGGUUUACUUGGAUUGGAACCAUUAGAGUUUGCGAAUGAGAUUAUAAACAACAGCGAUUGGCAGUCAUCAUUUGCAUUGAAAGAAGUUUCUUUUGAAGAUGUCCUUCUUAAUAAUCUUUGCACCAAAUCACCAGAUGUUAGACCUCAUUAUAAACUUCUCUUAGAAUCUGCAAAAUUCAGUGAAAAAGAUGAACAACAAAUAUAUGCCGAUUAUAUGAGUUUCUGUUAUCCUAGUCAGUUUAUGAACAGAACUGUUUUUCAACAAUACCUUAAAUGCCUUGGAUGGACAGAUUCCACUUUAACUGGGCAAAUUUUUCAUGCACUGGAUUCACUCAGCCGUGGGAUUCUCACCUAUAAAGAUGUAGUAUUGGGCCUUGCAGCCAUGGAACCAUGCACACAGCAUGGUGGUCCUCCUGCUGAAGUAAGGUGUCGUUACAUAUUUCGCUUUUAUGAUGCUAACAAUGAUGGAAGAAUGGAAUAUUCUGAAUUCAAGUAGGUAUAGACAUGUGAUAUUUUAUUUAUCAUAAUUUCAUUACACUUUUUAAAUAAAAAGAGUAUUUUAAGGACACAAACAUAUUCUGUCAUCUGUUAUCAAGUAUUACCUUUAUGGAUAACUCAGUAAAGGAGAUUGGGAUACUGAACUUCUUAGCCUUAGGAAACUGGAACAAAGAAAAUUAAUUGUGU